AUGCCAAUAUACCAGCUGAAUUCUGGCAAAGUUCUUGCUGUUGGACCUGGCCUUCGUGACAAGACGGGGAAUCAUAUUCCUGUUGCUGUCAAAGAAGGGGAUACCGUACUCCUUCCUGAAUACGGAGGAACUACAGUGAAGCUUGGUGAAAAAGAGUGCUUAUAUCUCAUGGCGGACGAUCAUGAUCCUCCUUUGGUAGAGGACAUUGACGAUGAUGAGUAUGAGGACGAGUACGAGGAUGACGACUCCGAUGAUAGUGAUGUGCCUUAUGAUGUGAAUAAGGAGGAUGACUUGGGUGAGCCAGAGGAUCAGGCUCAAGAUGAGUUUGAGCGUAGGCUUGACGAUUUUGAAAUUGCAGUUGAACGUGCACCGACCUUUGUAAAUACAGCACGUGAGGAACUUCGAGAGCAAAAUCAAGAGAAUGCAGAAAAUAAGGAAUACGUCCAUCGUAUGGGUCCUAAGACUUUUGGUGAAAAGAGACCUGAGUGGGUCGGUUCGGGUUUAUACACUAAAGCGCUUCUAGUGGCAUCGAAGGAACCCUCUAGUUCCACAAUCACUACAUUGGUGAGUCGUGCCGGUGAUUUCUUUUGUUCUCUCCAUUCGUUUGAUAAGAAAACCGGAAAAUGGGUCAUCAAGGGUUCGGAAGCCAAAAAACUAGCGGAUAAGCUUCUUGAGCACACUCAAGAGAUGGUGGAGGGAAAAUUUGAACCAAGUGUGGAGAAUGACCCUUUCACCAUGGCUUUGGGAAGGCCAUAUCAUCCAGGACGAGUAGUAGGUUUGGGAGGGUCAUUGCUUGGACGGAAUAAGGUUCCUACUCCUACACAUGCGGACUCGAGGGAGCUUGAAAAUCAAACACCGCAUGAAUUUCCAUAG